AAGAGACUCUUCACCAGAUCCCAGGCGCUGACCAGCUUGACCUCUGCACAGCAGGUCCGGCGUACUUUGAAGCAUGAGUUCUUACCAGCAGAAGCAGACCUUUACCCCACCCCCUCAGCUUCAACAGCAGCAGGUGAAACAACCCAGCCAGCCUCCACCUCAGGAACCAUUUGUUCCCAUAACCAAGGAGCCAUGCCACCCAAAGGUUCCACAGCAACCUGGAAACACCAAGAUUCCAGAACCAGGCUGCACCAAGGUCCCUGAGCAAGGCUGCGUCAAGGUCCCUGAGCAAGGCUACACCAAGGUCCCUGACCAAGGCUGUGUCAACAUCCCUGAGCAAGGCUACACCAAGGUCCUUGAGCAAGGCUACACCAAGGUCUCUGAGCAAGGCUACACCAAGGUCCCUGAGCAAGGCUGCGUCAAGGUCCCUGAGCAAGGCUACACCAAGGUCCCUGAGCCACAUCCUUCAACGGUCACUCCAGGCCCAGCUCAGCAGAAGACCAAGCAGAAGUAAUGUAGUACACAGACAAGCCCUUGAGAAGCUGACCACCAGAUGCUGGACACCCUCUUUCCAUCUGCUUCUGUGUAGACCCUGUAAUCAGUUUACUGUCACCCCGAGUCAUAGUCUCCCUCUUAUUUGUAUCCUAAAAAUAUGUACUGUGAAGCUUUUGUUCACACUCACUCUGAAGAAUCCUGUAAGCCCCUGAAUUAAACAGAAAGUCUUAGAGGCUUUUCAGGUCUUUAGCUGCUAAGGGUUCAUCUGAAGAUUUGAAUGAAAAGAAAUGCAUGUUUCCUGCUCUGUCCUCAUUAAAUUGCCUUUAAUUCCA